AUGGCAGGGGUUGCCAAAAGAAGAAAAGUUGGGAGUCUAAAGAAUAGGCGUAUAGUUGGUAUUAAUGUGGGAGUUCAAAAAGAAGCUAAGGGUUUCAAUUACCAAAAACCCACAUAUGUUGAGGUGCUAGAAAGGGCUGUUAUCGCAGAAGGAAAUCUUGCGGCCCAGAAUCGGAUUUCCGAGUGGAAAGGGAAGAGACAAAACAACCAAUGGUCAAAGAGAUCCGUUACUCCACCCGCUAAGAAGCACAAUUCAGGGAACUUCAGCACCACUACUUCUACUCAAAAUUCCACUCCGGUGUGUCCAGACUGUGGAAGGCAACAUCGAGGAACUUGUCACUGGAAGACUGGAGCAUGUUUUAAAUGUGGAAAAACGGGACAUUUGGUAAGGGAUUGCCCACAAUGGGCUCAACAAAAAGGCAAUAGAUCCGCUACAAGUUUCGCGGGGUCUACACUAACCCGUAAUGCGAAGGCGGCUGCCAAACCGAGUAAUAACAAAGACAUUGCAAGACAAGGUAGGGUGUUCGCUUUGGUUCCAGGUGAUGUACAAAACACAGCAACAGUGGUGUCAGGUACAUUUACUAUUUGUGGUCAAUCUGCGCAUGUAUUGUUUGAUUCUGGCUCCACUCACUCUUUUGUGUCGAAACUCUUCGCUCCUAAUUUAGAUAAAAUGGAAGAAAACUUACCUUACAUGUUGUGUGUGUCCUCCCCUUUGGGAGUGUCUAUGCUUUGUGCUACUAUAUACCUAGCUUGUGAACUUCAACUUGGGGAUAUUCGGGUGUAUGCUAAUUUAGUGCCUCUUGAUAUGACCUAUUUUGAUGUUGUUCUGGGGAUGGAUUGGCUAAGUGCUUAUGGUGCGACUAUAAACUGUGUGACUAAGCAAAUUAAUUUCUAUCCUCCGGGGCAAUCAGAGUCUAUGGUCCAAGGGCGGGAAGUGAUUUCGCCACCUUAUCUGAUAUCUACCGUGAAGGCUUGCAACUUAAUACGAAAAGGCUGUCAAGGGUAUCUAUGUAGUGUUUUGGGAGGGCAAGGGAUGAAUGGGAACAUUGAUGUGAUCCCAGUGGUCCGUGAAUUUCCAGAUGUUUUUUCUUGA